AUGGCGAUGGCUAUUGAAUUGGGCUUGCCCAAACCCAAGGCCUUGCACAGGCCAGUCCGGAUGCAGCCACGUGUUAUCAGUGCAAUGAGCAGCAUUGGUGAGAGCAAAUCGUUACUGAGAAGGUUGCAGCCUGCUGCAUGUGGAGUCCAGGCUGCCUGGCUGUCCGCUUGGGCUCGCCGCGGCGUGCGGCAAAAUGCCACUAGAGCGGAAGUGGCAGAGACGGAAGGGCCCAGCGGAGUGCUGCUGGUCACAGGCGGCUCCCCGGCCCUGGCUGAUUUGUCCACUCCACGGAACUGCCGUGUGCUGCAUGUGCCGGGAACUUUCAGCAGCCCGGAGGACGUGGAAGAUCUUAUACGCAAGACUGAAAGGGAACACCCUGGUCAGGAAAUUGCAGGUUUGCUCCACAUUGGAGGAGCGGCCUCGUCUGCGAGCUCUUCUCUGGCAUCGUCGGCUGCUAUUGUAUCCCUCGAUGAAAGCCUGCGUUCCCUCACGGUCUUGGUGGCCGGCUUGGUGCCACACAUGCAACCUGGUGCUCGGCUGCUGACAUGGUCCUCAGAUUUGGCAUUUGCCAGUCCCUCCACCUGGACGACAACACAUGGUGGAAUGGCUGCUUUGGCAAGUGCCUUUGUCGAACAGUAUACACAGGCUUUGGCCCAUCAGUUGCGGCACUCCUGCACUGUCUAUGGUCUACGGCUUACGGAAGAAGCACUCAGGAUUGCCUUGGAUCCGGCGCUGGAUCCAGACAUGAGAAGCAAGCUUGAGAGGGAGAUCUGUGAUUUAUGGUCACUGCCUCAUAGAGAGGCACAUGGCCAGAUUUUUCCAGUUGGCAGGCCUGAGGUGACCUUCACUUCCACGAGUGCGCGCGGUGCCAGUGUCCUCGGCUGCUCUUUGGAUGUUGCCUGGGCGCUGAAAGGCGCCUCGAAGGAUGCGGCGGCUUACCCUGUUGAUGGUCGGCCACGUACCUACAAGGCUUUAGCCAGCGCUUUGAAUACUGCUCCUGAUCGCUUGGUUUGGGCGCAUGGAGCUUCAGACGUGAUUCUACGUACGGCCUUGGUGGCUGCAAAACGUGCAGGAGCCCCUGCAGUGGCCCUUAUGCAAGGUCCGUCUUGGCCGAAUGCCACAUUGCUGCUGCGUUCCGGUGGCAUGAACCGCAUCGAUUCAGUGCCCUAUCCGGACCCCACACAUGGAGCUCCCAACUUCUGGCCAAAGCUGCGAGAACAAAUAGACAGCCAAGCUCCUGCAAUGGUGUACUUGGUCCACCCGCACUUCCCCACUGGAGCAAAGGAGUCUAAUUUUGCUGCAGAGCUUCGGGACCUCCUGGCCAGUGGCGAUUUCUCUCGAACACUUGUGGCGGUGGAUCAGACCUAUUUGGGCUUUACGGAGUGGACAGAGGACGAUGACAUUUUAGAGACCUUGGCCCAGUUCAAUGACAACGUGGUGCUGAUCCGUUCUUUAUCCAAGGUUGAAGGUCUAGCUGGCUUGCGCCUGGGCUAUGCCAAGAGCACUUCUACUACUGCGGAUCUCAUUGCGGAGACUUUGCCUUUCUCUGGUGGCCUCUACAUUUCAGAGAUGGCUCUGACAGGUGCUUUGGCCGCCAUCAAGGGGCCACUCUCAGCCGAACAUCGCAAGGAGGUGCUGAGGUUCUACAAUGACGAGCAGCUUUGGUUGCGGAAUCAGCUGGAGGCGCUUGGUUUUGAGACCUUCGCAGCAUUUGCCCCCUUCUUCAUGCUGCGAGGGCCGAAGGCUGCGUUUGAUGCUGCGGUGCAGGCUGGUGCUGCCAUCCAGGCCUUCAGCUUUGCUGGUGAAAGCGAUUUUCAGCGAAGCCCAGCAGUGUGCCUCGUGGCAGAUCGUGCCUCAAAUCAGUCGACUAUCAGGAUGUUAAAAACCGCCUUGGAGGAGACUGGCUUGCCCGACUGGGCCCAGAUGCUGAAGCCCAUGUUCAGUGGCUAA